UUAUCACUGUUCCCCACAAAUGGGAUCCUUCUCCGGGAGGUAGACGUUUAGGCCUGGCCUUCCUCCCUGACCGCCCACUGCUACUUCACUUGCUCCAUUUCCACGCUCCCAGCUUCCCUCCUUCGUUCGGAUCUUUCAAUGGAUCCUUCCCCGCCGAUGGACGGCCACGUGGUGGUCGUGCCCUACCCAGGCCGAGGCCACAUCAACCCCUUGAUGCACCUCUGUAACCUCCUCUUGUCCAAGAACUCCAACAUCCUCUUCACCUUUGUCAUCACCCAAGAAUGGCACGGCUUCAUAGGGUCCGAUCCGAAGCCGGACAACAUCCGGCUCAAAACCAUACCCAACGUCAUCCCCUCCGAGCGGGGUCGCGGAAACGACAUCGUCGGCUUUCUCGAUGCCGUCAUGACCAGGAUGGAGGCUCCGUUUGAACAACUACUGGAUCGGCUCCACCCGCCGCCGACGUUCAUCAUACAUGACACCUACUUGUUCUGGGUAGUUGGAGUCGGCAACCGCAGGAAUAUUCCUGUAGCCUCGUUUUUCCCCAUGUCGGCGUCGUUUUUCUCGGUGCUCUACCAUUACCGUCUUUUCGAGCAAAACGGACAUUACCCUGCCAAUUUGUCGGAAAAUGGUGAUGAGCGCGUGGAUUACAUCCCUGGGCUUCCCCCAACACGUUUGGCGGAUUUCCCACUGAACGAUGGGAGCUGGCAAAGCCGGAAAAUUCUGCGCUGGAUCGUAAAAGCCUUUCAAUGGGUGCUCAAAGCACAGUAUCUGCUAUUCCCGUCCAUUCUCGAGCUUGAAUCUCAGGCCAUCCAUGCCCUGAAAGCUGAUUUCCCCAUUCCCAUUUAUACCAUUGGCCCUGCCAUACCUCAUCUUUCUCUUAAGCACAAUCCCUCUUCAUGCAUCACUGACCAAAAUGACCCCAGCUACAUGAAGUGGCUGGACACCCAACCCUCUGGUUCUGUUCUGUACGUCUCUCAGGGAAGUUUUCUCUCUGCUUCAACUGCUCAGCUUGAAGAAAUCGUGGCUGGUUUGCGAGCAAGCGAGGUUCGAUUCCUCUGGAUAGCACGCGGAGAGAAUUUGAAGCUGAGAGAGACUUGCGGGAAUAUGGGUCUGGUGUGUUCAUGGUGUGACCAGUUGAGGGUACUGUCACAUCCUGCCAUAGGAGGGUUCUGGAGUCACUGUGGGUGGAAUUCUACAAGAGAAGGUGCCUUCGCUGGCGUUCCUUUUCUUGCUUUCCCGUUGAUUAUGGAUCAGCCCAUGAACUGUAAGCUCAUUGUGGAGGACUGGAAGACAGGGUGGAGAGUGAAGAAAGGGGUUAAAGAAGGCGUCUUGGUGACUGGAGAUGAAGUUGCAGGGAUUUUGAAGACGUUUAUGGAUUUGAGUAGUGAUGAAGGAAGAGAAUUGAGGAAAAGAGCCAAACAAGUUCAGCAGAUAUGUCGGCUUGCAAUUGCAGACGGUGGAUCGUCAGAAACUAAUGUCAAUACAUUUCUAAGGGAUUUGUUACAGUGUGGUAAGCCAUGAAGGCACCCCAACAACAAUGAGUAGUUCUUAGGAAUUCGUUGAAUAUUAAUGAUCUGAAAAUUUGUAUCAUUAAUCAGUCAAUUAGUUAUGCCAUGGUUUUGAAGCCGAGGAUCCACGCGUCCUUAUUAUUACUCAAGGAGAUUUACUCGUCAAGGGAGAAGAGCUAAUCGAGUUUUAGCGCUCUUCAAGGGGAUGGGUACUAUGAACACAUGUAAUAGGAUUUAGAUUUGAAACUUCUAAAUUAAAUUUGCAUUGCAUA